AUGGACACCACGCGGUCUGCACCACUUCUGCUGGCACACACAGUGCUCGGGAAGGGACAAUCAGGCGCCCCUUGCCACGUCCACUCCUUCCUCAUCAACGAUGAUGGAAAGGGAUUCCCUAACAGCAAGAAGCUGCCGUUGUUGGUAUACGAGCAAUCGGUAGACCUGAAGGGGGCUGCAGACCCGGCUGCCGUGUUCGAGCGGUUGGUGGUGAAGCAUCAGUGGGGUGAUGUCUGGCGUGAUGGCGUCUACCCCUACCAUCACUACCACUCCACUGCACACGAAGGCCUUGGGGUCUAUGCUGGGACAGCCACCGUGCAGUUUGGAGGUGAUGACGGGAUCAGCCACAAGUGUCUGGAGCAGAGCGAAGACUUCGCGGUUGUGGGCUUCUACCCACGAGGCCAAAAGGUGGACAUGCAAUACGGCAAGCGCGGUGAGCGGCCGGCUUCCGACGAACGCAUUCGUGCCCUGCCCCUGCCAGACGAGGACCCUCUUUUCGGUGCCAGUGGACCUUUGCUCAUGUGCUGGCAUCCCUCUAGCUGA